AUGCAAUCCAGCUGCAUUCAUCAGCAUUCGCGUGGAACUGUUCACCGCAUUGCGACGAAUCUUUUUCUGGAGCCAGACAGACCUGUCAGUGAGCUCCUUCCAUACGACAUGGAUGACCAAACACUCUUCCGGGGCUCAGUGCCACAGGCUUCAGAUUGGCUCCGCCUGUCUCGGAUGAUUCAAGUCAUGGCUUGGGUCCUGCGGUCCCAGCGGUUGAAGCGGUUGAAGGCUGCGGCAAGUAUUUCCAUAUCAGUCGAUGAUCGAGCUGAAUUUCGUCUGGUUCGCUACAGGUGCAGCUAUGAUUCCCCAGAGUCCUUUGCUGCAGCAUGUUCAGAGGAGGAAAAGCUUGACCUGCCUUUUCUCAACUCUUCUUCCAAGUUGGAGGACUGGUGUGCACUCAAAGCCCCGGUUCAUGAUGGGGUGCUUGCAGUCAUUCGAUCUGGUGGAAACGUGAAAUCAAAUACAAUUGCGUCGCACGAUGCGGACAAAAGUGAACGCAUGGCCCAAACUGUCAUGGAAGCACUGAGACAGAGCUGUGCUGAUGUUGACAACAACGUGGACGAGGCCUUGUUUGAUGAGAUUUGUCGCAAAGUCCAACAUUACGUUUCUGACCAGGGAGGUAGUGCCCACAAAUGCGGUCAGUUGCUGUCUAGGAAGGCAGAGCUCUGCAACUUCGUUUGGGUGAGUUGUGACGUUGCUCAUCAAGUGAGGAUUGCAAGUAAAGAUCCUCUCCAUGCCAAUGACCAUUUCAAGCAACAAUGGGAUAGACUCUUCAAUGCCAAACACGCACUGAUCCCUGACAUUCAGAAUUCAGAAGUGUGGAAGUCAAGGUUGAUCUCAGCCCAAAAAGCUCUCCUCCGCGCUCAAGCGGUUCAUGCCGUCCAUGCGGUCCCUGCAGCCCCUGCGUGUUCUGAUGCUUCGGUCAUGCUUGAAGUGGAUAAGGUAAUGCACACAUUCUCUUUUGCGAAGCAGAGAUUUGAUUCUACGGCGGUCCCCAUGAUGAAGUAUUGCUGCAUGCUGAGGGCCACUGCCGCUGUCUGCGCGAUGCAAGCGGCAGAUGAAAGAGGCUCCAAAGAAGUCCGCGCAAGGGCCCAAGCAGCAUUGCAAGACAUGACGCCCAAAAACAUGUUUCGAUGUGGGUUAACCUGUGAUUAUUCUACAGAGUGCCUCGCUUUUCUCCGGGAGAAUUUCGAUGUAGAUGAUCCAGACCCCGCUCAGACUUCUGGAAUAGUAGAUGCCUUUUGCCAAAGGAUGCGGCUCUUGUUUGUUGAGGGCUACGUGCUGGGAGAUGCCAAGCAAGUUCCACUGGCUUCUGACGGUCAAAAUGGCCGCUCAAUGACGCAAACGGUUUUUGAGCAGAUAGAGACACCAGAGCCGAUAUUUUAUGGUUCCAAAGUACAUUACCUCUGCACUCGGGCCUCCAUUCAAGAUAUCCGCAACAUCAUGGGCGAAAUGAGGGAGAUUGUUGCUGACAUGCUUGAGAGGGUGCAGGUAGACCUGACUGGUGAUGAGCUUAUUCACAAACUGAUGGCUUUUAUCCUGAAACUCAACCAGCGGUUGGUCAGAGAGUUUGCGGAUUGUGCCAAGAUGCUCUGCAAACUUCAGCAAGCAGCCAACAUGAACUCAUGA